AUGUUGAGAAAUGUCAGUGUGCAAGGUUCAGCCCUUGAAGAUCUCAUCAGGAGAUCUGUAGGCCAAGAUAAUGUAGUUUCACAGAGAUGCUUUCAUGUCAGAGACUAUGAAAUCAAGAUAAUUCACCAUAUUAAUGGAGCUACAUCUUUUCUAAUCUUUGUUAUAGUAGUUGAUGUCUAG